AUGGUGAAACUGUUGCUCGCAAAGGGCCAAUGAUUCAAAGUGCUCAGCCUGAUCGAGGGUAAAGCCCACUUGUACGUGCACCCGUCUAGCACACGACGCUGGGAUGUGUGCGCGGCACAGGCGAUUUUGGAAGCGACCGGCGGUCGUCUGACUGGGCUUGAUGGGACCCGUCUGACUUACUAUGCCACGGAUACGGAAAAGAUACCGAAAACUGUUGGUCUGUUCGCAGCCACGUCCAUAGCGGAACACAAACGUUGGUGGCCUAAAGUUGCUGAACUGUUAAAGAAAAACUAA